UCAUCAGACUCUUUCAACCCGGACAAACACCUCGCGUACCAGCCUCCCGCGAGGACUCACACACUCAAAGACUUGCACCUCGAUGAAUCCCCCAUUUCCCCCAUCGCCUCGACAGACCCAUUUCCCUUCCUAUCAGCGGAGGGUGUUCAUGCCUUCCGCCGCGAAAUCUUCUCCUCGGACGUUCUGGCCAACUGCAUGUAUUAUACGCGUCCUGGAUCUGUUCAGAUACGCGGCAUGGCGCCACGAUACGCUCCAUUCACGUAUGCGUUUUGGACAUCACCCGAGGUUUUGGCAAUUGUGAGCAGCCUCGCGGGCGUGGACCUAGUGCCUGUCAUGGACCACGAGAUUGCGCAUACUAAUGUGCAGUUGGGUCCGAAAGGAGUGGAUGGUGUCAAAGAUACGCCAGUUGAGCCGCCAGAGGCUCCUCCUCAAGUGACUGGAAAUCACACUCACAUGCCAGAGGCCAAGAAAGCAGAGGCAUUGGUACCGUGGCAUCGAGACUCUCAUCCAUUUGUCUGCGUGGUUAUGCUCUCCGAUGCGAGGUAUAUGAUAGAUGGGGAGACGGAACUUCGGAAGGGCGAUGGCACCACGAUUAAGGUGAAAUCACCAGGAAUCGGCGGAGCCGUUGUCCUCCAGGGCCGCCAUGUCAGCCACCUUGCGAUUCCUGCGGCCAAUAUGCCGGAGCGUAUCACGAUGGUCACAUCGUUCCGGCCGCGCUCGCCUUUGCUCUUAGAUGACUCGACUUGCAUGAACGUACGUAACAAGUCGUGUCUUUCCGAGAUGUACUACCAGUGGACCGAAUACCGCCUGCGCCUGCUUAGUGAGCGGUUCCAGCAUGAGGCAGACCAGCUAAGGACGCGGUAUGCGGAUGCGGUACGCAGGACUGACCCCGAGGGAUUUCCGGGGCAUUGUCUUGAGGAAACAGUUGAUUUGCAGUAUAUGAAGACUUGGAUGGAGGAGCAGAUGCGGUAUAUGCGCCAGACG